AUGGUUGCCGAAAAUACAAAGAGUUGGAUAUGGUUGUACGAUUUUUCUUGUUCCAAAUGGCGGCAGGGCGCUCAAAUGAUUAGAUGGCAGACUGGAUUUGCCUCCGCAGCGGAUGAGCACGGGGGACUGAUUUAUGUGGCUGGAGGGUACGGCGGGUUUUACAACCCGGUCCGUAGCGCCUCAGUUUACAAUGUGGAGGAGGACAAGUGGCAUCGACUCCCCAACAUGAACACCUACAUGGAGGAUCUCAGAGGUGUUUUUGCUGACGGCAAGUUUUAUGUACUGGGCAAGCCGUCUUGGCGCACUUUUGAGGUUUUUGAUUCCUACACGAGAAGUUGGAAAACUCUUGAGAAUAGAUUCAACAGUAUGCAUUUCUUAAGUGUAUUUGGACGCUUCCAUUGUUUGUCUAGUAGGGGAUUGAUUGAAUAUGACUAUAGCCUAGAUAAGCUACACAUUGUAGGGCCUCUUCCAACGGAGGACUGCGAGAGAAUUAACUUCGCAGUAGUGGUUGGCCAUAAAAUCAUUUUGAACAAAUGGGAUCCCAUUGAAAUUGAAAGUUUUUAUAUGCUGGCACCUCCAAAUGAGACAGGAGGAGAAAUCAAGUGGGUUGCCAUUGAGAAACUAUCGGGCCUCCAGGGUUCUGCUAUUCAUGCUGCUACCCAAGUGGAUCUUUGA